GCUUCCGUCCUCGCCGGCCGCCUCUGCACGCCGCAGGAAAAAAAAUGUCUGAAACCUGUCUUGCAGUGGAAGAAUACCCAACAGAGAUACAUGAUUAUCUUUCAGCCUUUGAAAAAUCUCUUGGUUCUGUCGAUGAGAUGCUGAAAACGAUGAUGUCAGUGUCCAGAAGUGAACUCCUCCAGAAGUUGGAUCCCCUGGAACAAGCAAAAUUAGAUCUGGUCUCAGCUUACACCUUGAACUCAAUGUUUUGGGUAUAUCUUGCCACUCAAGGAGUUAAUCCAAAGGAGCAUCCAGUAAAACAAGAGCUGGAGAGAAUAAGAACAUAUAUGAACAGAGUGAAAGAGAUAACAGACAAGAAGAAAGCAGCCAAGCUGGACAAAGGUGCCGCUUCGAGAUUUGUGCGCAAUGCACUGUACGAAGCGAAACCGCCAAAUGAACCUGCCAAGAAAACUCCCCUGCAGACCAAAAAGAAGAAAACAUGCUAGGGUUCCGUGUCUCAUGGUAAUUGGGUACCGGGACAGAGAAUAUUUUUAACAGGGCUUUCAUCUAUUUUAUAUACAACAGGAAUGUACAUUUUGAUGAACAACAAAAUGAGACGACAUUCUCUCCCCUCCGACCCGUUUUCCAGCGUGUGUGGUGAAUGUGUUCCUGAAAAUGGAAUUUGCUUGCCAGACAGCAAAUGUGCUUCUGACAGUGUUCCAAAAUAUCAGCUGAUAGACAUCCCCUUUUUGUGGUGGUGUUUAAGUGAAACCAGCUGAGAUGUGUGCGUAAUAUCCUUAGUUACAAUGUUUUUUGCUAGUUCUCCAUCUGAACUGGCUGCUGUUCCGAACUGUUACUGCCAUCAAGGGGCAACCCCGGGACAGAUUUUGCGGAAAUCGGGAACUUGAAUUGCCCUGGGCGGAUUUUCCCAUCUGAAAGUUCAUCAGCGGUAUUCGUGACUGGAUGGCAGUGUAAUUAAUGUAUGACUGUUCAAAAUGACUUGUUUUCAUAUGUGGCUAAAAUAACUAUUGUAAAGCUUUGAUAACUUUGCUGUUGUAUUUUUUGCAGUAAAUUCCAAGCUCCAAACAA